AUGCGCGAGUGUAUCUCUGUGCACAUCGGCAACGCUUGCUGGGAAUUCCCGACGGGCAAAUGCCGUCCGACAAAUGCCUGGGCGGCGGCGACGACUCCUUCAACACCUUCUUCAGCGAGACGGGGGCAGGCAAGCACGUGCCCCGGGCUGGUGUUUGUUGGACCUGGAGCGACGCGCCACGUACGCGCCUCUUCACGGAGUCGUAUCUGGGAGGAAGACGCGGCAAAUACGCCGCGGCACUACAACCAUCGCAAGGAGAUCAUCCGCAACUCGCUUGACAGUGCACGGGGCUCAGGGAUUCCUCAUCUCUUCAUUCCUUCGGCGGGAGGCACGGCUGCGGGAGGCAGCUGUUCAGUUGCGGAAAUACCACGCCUGUUCGGAGGCCUGCCAACCAGAUUGGUGAAAUGUGAUCCGCCACGGCUAUGGCUGCUGCAUGCUGACGUAACGCCUCAUUCGCCCCAUCAAGACGAACGCACAUCCGUUGUGGACUGGUGCCCCACCGGCUUUCAAGGGUGGGAUAACUCCAACCCCUACGUCGUGCAGCGAGCGUGUGCAGUGUCCACACGACUGACGGGAGGCUUCGAACCUGAAUGUAGCCCAAGCGAGCUUCAGGGCAUGGCCCGCGAGGAUUUUGGCAGCCCUGGAGAAAGGACUACGAGGAAGGGAGGGCCACCUUCACAUGGCGGCGCCACCGACAAGCGGGCCACGCGCUUCGGGAAAAUAUGA